AUGGCAUCUAUUCUUCAAGCUCGUAGCUUCAUGUUGAUUGCUUAUGCAAUGGUGUUCACUUUCAUGGGAGAACCAACAGUAGCUGUUGUGACAUUUAGACCCAGUAAAUGGUCUCUUGCUCAUGCAACCUUUUAUGGAGAUGAAACUGCUUCUGAAACCAUGGGAGGAGCAUGUGGAUACGGGAAUUUGUUUUCGAAUGGUUACGGAACAGAUACAGUGGCUUUAAGCUCAACAUUGUUCAACAAUGGCUAUGCGUGCGGUAGUUGUUUCCAGAUUAAAUGCUAUCAAGCGAGUGCAUGUAACAAAAAUGUGGCCUUCACCACUGUCACUGCCACCAAUCUUUGUCCUCCUAACUGGUCGAAGCCCUCCAAUAAUGGUGGAUGGUGUAAUCCGCCACGAGUUCAUUUUGACAUGGCCAAACCUGCAUUCAUGAAAAUAGCACAGUGGAAAGCUGGUAUCGUCCCUGUUAUGUACCGCAGGGUUCCAUGUCAAAGGAAGGGAGGGGUUAGAUUCUCUUUCCAAGGAAAUGGGUACUGGCUAUUGGUGUAUGUGAUGAAUGUGGGAGGUGGAGGAGAUAUUUCAAGCAUGAUGGUGAAAGGAAGCAGAACAGGAUGGAUUAAAAUGAGCCAUAACUGGGGUGCGUCUUACCAGGCAUUUGCAACACUAGGUGGUCAAGCUCUAUCUUUCAGAAUUACUUCAUACACUACCAAAGAGACUAUUAUUGCGUGGAACGUUGUUCCUUCGAAUUGGAAUGUGGGACUCACUUAUUCCGCUAGCACCAACUUCCACUGA